AUGCUCGAGGCCGCCGGCAUCUCGCCCGUCCGCGCCCUCGCCGAUACCGAGUUCUACAACAUUGAUCGCAUCCUGAAGCGGAACCCGCCCUUUGGCAUGAACACGGUCCUCCAGCUCAAGGCCUUCCCCCGUCUCCUGCUGAAGGCCCGCUUCGAACGCUGGGCUGCCAAGUCCGACAUGCCCGCCAUUGACGCCCUGCCCGAGAAGGUCGUCCGCGCGCUCGCGCCGGGCCUGCGCCUGGCCAUCGUGCGCGCGAGGCUCCGCUGCCUCAACGACGACAUGCCCCUCUGGCGAGAAAAGGUGCACUAG